AUGACCCCAGGUGACCCCAAGGUGCCCGGCCCCGCCCCCUCCCACCGCCGUGACGUCAUCGCCGCCCGAAGCCCCGCCCCCUCCCGCCGCUGUGACGUCAUCGCCGCCGGGCCCCGCCCCCCUCCGAAGCCGCGCCCUCAUUGGCCGCGGCCGCCCCCGAAGCCGCCCUCCCAUUGGCCGAGGGAGAGGGGGCGGGGCCCGCAGAGGCUCCUCCCACCGCCGUGGCGCCCCCCGGUGGCCGCCAGGGCCGGCCUUCGCGCCGCAAGCGCCGCAGCUCCUCCUCCUCCUCCUCCUCCUCCUCCUCCUCCUCCUCCUUCCUCCUCCUCCUCGUCCUCCUCCUCCUCCUCUUCCUCCUCCUCCUCCUCCUCUUCUUCCUCCUCCUCCUCCUCCUCGUCCUCCUCCUCUUCCUCCUCCUCCUCCUCCUCCUCUUCCUCCUCCUCCUCCUCCUCCUCCUCGGCCUCCGCCGCCCCUCCCCCCGCGGCCCCCUCCGCCCCUCCCCCACCCAUCGCCGCCUCUGCCCCCUCCCCCACCCCUCCCCCCACCUCCCAGCCCUCCCCUCCCCCCUCUGUGGCCACCACAGCCGCCCCCCCAGUAGCCACCAGUACCCCCCCCCACCCCCUCCGUGGCCACCCCCAGCGCCGCCGCCGCCGCCACCACGGAGCCUUCCUCCACCCCCACCCCCACCCCCACCACCACCUCCUCUUCUUCCUCCACCUCUGCCCCCUCCCUCCUCUCCCUCCCCACCCCCCAAACCCCCCCCCCACCCCCCGCCCUUCCCCCAACCCCCUCCUCGCCCUCACCCCCACCCCCCCCCCGCUCAUCCCGCCCAUCCCCCCGGCAACCUGGGGCUGA